UUUUGUCAGUCAGAGGAAGUGGUGAACGUGUUUCCUGCCUUACACACAGACACACAAACACACACACACACACACACACACUGAAGUGAGGCAGAGGAGGGGAAAGCAGAGCUCGAGCGAGAGACGGUCUCAGGCAGCAGCGAGCGAAGAAAAUGGCGAUCAUGCAGGACGAGUUCCUCCCCUCGUAGAUGCUGCAAACGAGCUGAAUUUCUUUUAGCACUUUACACUUCGAUGAGAGAUUUGGAAUCGGAAGCUGUUGCCACCAAAGAAACUGAAGCAUCUUAACAGGGAUCAAACCCAUAGAGGGAAGAACAGUGGAUGGAAGAGAGAGAGAGACGGAGAGUGUGAAGAGGAAGGAGGAUAAGAAAAUACAAGACUGGACAAAAGUGCCGGAGCACACCAAGUUGAGGCAGAGUCCAGCAUUGAAACCACCACCCCCCUUCCCCCUCCCCGCUCACACACAUACGUGCACACACAAACACACAUACAGUCUUCAGCGAUGCCAAGGGGGCCUGAUCAGCCUUCUGCCCGCUCUGAUAAGCCCCGCCUUGUCACUUCAGACCCUUGAGGCUGUGUCCUCCUGAGCUUCGACUUUUGACCUCCCCUUUGUCGACCUGGGAUCCAGAGGUCACCCGUUCUCCACUCAACCCAGGGACGCCCUCCUGCCCAGCCAGGAGCCGCAGCCACAAGCCGCACUCACAGGCAUGGCUCCCAUACGGGAUUCCGUCAGCCACUCCCCUAAUCAAACAGGUCUGGAGCAUCCUGUCUUGGACUCGCAGUAUGAGCCUUCCCCUUGGUCCUCUGGCUCUCCCUGCAGCAGUGAUAGCAACAGCAACUGGGGCAAAGUCCUAGUGGACGGAAGUACUGACAAACCCAACAUCCCCUCUUCAACCAACUCUUCUGUCUGGCCUCCCUCCUCUUCCUCUUUCUCUUGCUCUUCUUCUUCCUCCUCUUCUGGUUGUGGGUCAGGAUCAGACCCUGAGCUGGCAUCAGAAUGCAUGGACGCUGAGUCUAGCUCCUCAAUUGGCUCAGAGAAAAACCUCUCCGCUGUUGCCGUGACAACAGUGAUGAUGAUGUCAGCAAAUGCUUCCUCCUCUGUGUCUUCUACGGCUUCUUCCCCCUCUUCGGUGACAUCUGCAAUGAUGGUCGGCGUUUCUGUGAAUGGAGACAGCAACGGAAACAGUCGGCAGGUUAUUGGUGGAGGGAUGGGAACCAUCAGCCCUGCAAAUAAUGGAAAUAACAAUAUCACAGGGUCCUCCCACUACUCCGUGGCUGGGUCCAGCAGUAUUGGCAGCAAUAACAUGGGUAACCACAACAUCAAGCUCGUCAACAGCAGUGGUGUAUGGGGCACCCAGUCAGGCAGCAACAUGAUAACCACAGGUGGAAGCACCCCCUGCAUCAAUGGAGGGUUAAACCCAAACACUUUAAACCCAAAUGCCAACCACGGUGCCUGGCCCCAGAAUCCAACCCCAAGCCCAGGGUCCCUGGGCCAACGGCCUCCACAGGCUCAGGGGAUAAGUUCCAAACUGGGUAUAGCCCCCCAACAGGGCCCCUUGCUGGGCUGGGGUGGCAUGGCAGCUCCAGACAACAGCAGUAUGAUGGAAGUCACUGAUGUGAGUAAUGGUACAGCAAGCAGCAACAGUGGAAAUGGUGGCCUGCAGUCUACCAACCUUAACACUGAAUCCAAUGGACCAAAUAACACUAUUAUGAUGAAUACUACUACUACUACUACUAAUGCCACAAUGACCUCUAGUCCACCAAACUCUACCGCCUCACCCCAACUCAGUGGGGAUUGUUCCUGGGGUUCCAUUGGAGGAGGGAAUGGUGGUCCGAUGGCCAAUGGAAAUCCCUCAUCAGCCCCCCAGAACCCCCAAGGAGAGCUGGGGGUUGCUGGGGCCUUCGGUACGCCUUGGGGCGCAACUACCUACCCUGGAGACAAGGGCCCCCCAAAUGCAGACACUGUGAACCCACAAAACCCUGCCUUAAUGCAGGCUGGAAACCCCCAAAUCUCCUCUACUGCUGCUUACAAGAGUAAUAAUAACCACAAUAACACUGGGGCCCCGCGCUGGGACCAGGGGCCUGCCAAUAAUCCUAACCAGCCUCAGAGCAACUUGUCCUGGGGUGUCGGCUCAAAUCAAAUCCCAGGCUCUGCAGGCCCAGGCAAUGGGAACCAAACUACGAUGGGCCCUCCAGCAGGGAUACCUCGUCCUUGGGGGAGCAGCGCAUCAUCUUCGUCCUCAACCUCAUCGUCCUCUUCCACAUCAAACAACAAGAUGUCAAAUGGAGAAUGGGGAUCAGCAGCUCCAGGUAACACCACAGAUGCUGGAAAUCAGAAAGGAAGCUCAGCCAACAAUGGCUGGAAGAGCCUAGAGGAUGACGCCAUUGGCAUGGGAGGUGGAGCAGGUGGAAGCCAUGGCCUAGGGAGUGUCACUGGAGGCUGGGGUCGCUCUGGAGGAAGUGAGGGAAGUGGAGAAAGCUCUGGAGGUCAAUCUAGCUCAGACAGAGAUGGCACUCUGUCAAAAGUAGGAAACCGCAGAAAAGGUACCAAUUCUCCAACAGCAGUAUCAGCCCCGUCCCGGGCUGAUGUGGACCCACGGGUUCUGUCCAACACUGGGUGGGGUCAGACUCCCGUACGGCAAAACACCACCUGGGAUGUCAAUUCUCCAAUUAACAUUCAGCCCCAGGGUCCAAGACGAGAUGACAGAAAGCACAGUAGUAGUGGCUCCAACUGGGGUACAGCAGGACCGUCAGCUCCUUCCCAGAACUCUGGAGGCUGGGGUGGUCGUCCGAACAGCUCAGGUCAGGAUGCAGGAGGUUCUGGCUGGGGAGACCAGAGACCAAACUCCAGUUGGGACAGCAAAGUCUCAGCGAGUGGAGGUGGUGGGCAGAGUGGCUGGAAUGAUGGUUCCAGCUACAAGGGUAGCAACACCAAUAGUAACACAUGGAGCAACAACUUUAACAAAGAUGACAGGUCCAAUACCUGGACUAAUGCGCCCAAAGCGCAGCAGGGCUGGGGUUCCAACAGUGGGAAUGGAACUGAAGGGUGGGGUAGCAGUGGAGAUGGUGUCAGAGGAGGACCCAACAAUCAAUGGGGGGAGCCCCAAAAAGGUGCUGGCUCAGUGGGCUGGGACAGCGACAGCGACCGGUCUGGCUCUGGAUGUUGGAGCGAUCCAAGCCGAACCAACACCAGCAGCAGCAACACCUGGGUCGGGAGUGGAGGAUCAAAUACUCCAGAUCAGAGCGCGUCAAACCAAGGUUCCAACUGGAGUGAAUCAGUCCACAAACCCAAUUCUCAGAGCCAGGGCCAGGGCUGGGGUGAGCCAAUGAAGAACAACCACGGGGCCCAGAACUGGGGUGAGCCGAAUCCCAAGCCCUCCAACGAGUGGGGGAAAGGUCCCGAACCACACAUGUCCAGAAGCAACCAUGGCUCUAACAAGCCCUCAGGCUGGCUGGGAGGCCCCAUACCCACAGGAGGUCAGAAGGAGGAAGUGGCUACUGGGUGGGAAGAGCCUUCUCCAGAAUCCAUACGGCGCCGAAUGGAGAUCGAUGAUGGCACCGCAGCUUGGGGAGAUCCUGGCAAAAAAAGUGGUGGAUCUGUCAACAUGUGGAACAGGACCAGCCAAUCAGACCAGGAAAGCAAGGGUCAGUCCUCUCAGCACCAGUCUCAUCCAGCACACAACUCCAUGCAUCCUCCUCAGCCCAUGCAUCCUCCUGCACAGGAGAAUAACUGCACUUCUGGUUGGGGUGAGCCAUAUCCCAAGCAGAAGGAGUCCUCAACAUGGAGGGAGCCUGCCGCUGCGCCGCCACCGCCUGUUUCGGUGGACAACGGGACGUCUGCCUGGGGGAAGCCCAUCGACAGCAGCUCCACUUGGGAAAAACCCAGCAGGGACAGCAGAGACUCUGGGCCUGGCUGGGGUGGCCACCAUAAGUCUGCUCCAGGUCCCAAGCCCAUGGAGACAUGGUGUGGUGAGGACGGGUCCAUGGGCAAUAGCUGGGACCAGGAAGAAGAGGUGGAGAUUGGCAUGUGGAGCAACAGCCAACAGGACAACAGGUCACAUGACCAAAACACCUGGAACUACAAGCAAAAAGCCCCAAACAAGAUGAACAAACCAGUCAACAAACAGGAUGAACCCUGGAUGAAACCUUUCAUGAACCAGUUCAGCAGCAUGAACUUUCCUAGAGACUCUCCCGACGACUCCAUGAAGACAGGAGUGGGGAUGGUGCAGGACAAGCGCAUGGACAUGGGCAAUAUGGGAGACUACAACGGAGUUAUGGGGAAGAACCCUGGGUCUAGACACCAGCUCCACAAGGAGUCUCCCAUGGAUCGCAACCCUUACUAUGACAAGAAUGUAAACCCAAUGAUGGGUGGCAGCAGCGUAGCACAGGGCCGAGGUGGCCCCCAGUCCCAGAUCCCCCCCCAACCCAACCUUCGUAACCAAGUGCCUCCACCCAUCCUGCCCUCUCAGGUCCCUCCAUCCCUGUUGAAGUACCCAGGAGGUAACGGAGGCCUGAACCCUCUGUUCGGACCUCAGCAGGUGGCUGUGCUCAACCAACUCUCCCAGCUCAACCAGCUGUCGCAGCUCAACCAGAUCAACCAGUUACAGCGUCUUCUCCUCCAGCAGCAGCAGCAGCAACAGCAGCAACAGAAGGCUCAGAGCCAGAGAGCAAUGCCCGUGGGACGACAGCCUGAACAGACACGUCCUAUUGGUUCGUCUCCAUCAAUGAUGCAGCCUCCACGUCACCUGGACCCCUCUUUGCUAAAACAGGCCCCACCUCACAAACCGUACCUGGAUAACUACAUGUCCCACAAUACACCUGAUAUGCAGAAGGAUGCUGCCUCUCUUGGAUCCUUCAGCAACUUCCCUUUAAGCUUGAACUCUAACCUGAAUGUAUCCCUGGACAUGGGUGUUAGUGGCGGUAGUAGUGGCGGCGGAGCUGUGAGCUACAAAGAGCCGCCCCAGUCCAGAAUGAAGAAACUGUGGGCUACUGACCCUCUGGAGCAGAACAGCAAAUCUGGUGCUAUGUCGUCUGGGCUGCGUCUGGAGGACUCUCCCUUCUAUGACUUCCUGUCUCCUGGCCCGUCUCCCCUGAGUCCUCCCGGCCAAUCAAUGGGCUCGGUGGGCGACGGCUGGCCGCCCCGUGCCAACUCCCCCCCGCCCCAUGGAAACACUGUCACCUGGCCCCCAGAGUUCCGGCCCGGGGAGCCCUGGAAAGGUUACCCUAACAUUGACCCUGAGACUGACCCCUACGUGACCCCCGGCAGUGUCAUCAACAACCUCUCCAUCAACACCGUCCGUGACACAGACCACCUCAGGGACAGGAACAACGGGCCAUCCUCAUCACUGAACACCACGAUGCCUUCUAACAGUGCCUGGUCAUCCAUUCGUGCCUCCAGCCACAGCGGUUCCCUCACCAGUACAGCACAAAGCACUUCAGCCAGAUCCAGCGAGUCAAAGUGGUCUCCCGGUGGCGGUUCUGUGUCCAACUCCUCCCUAGCCCAUGAGCUGUGGAAGGUCCCCCUGCCACCCAAGGCGUUGUCCGUGGCACCCCCCUCCAGACCUCCACCUGGCCUCACCAGCCAGAAGCCCAGUCCUGCUUCCUCUGGCUGGGAUGCCUCUUCCCUGAGGUUGGGGGGUUGGGGCUCCACUGAGUCCAGAUACACACCUGGUUCCAGUUGGGGUGACAGCAGCAGCAGCUCAGUGAGAACCCAAUGGCUUGUCCUGAAAAAUCUCACACCUCAGAUUGACGGCUCUACCCUGAGGACCUUGUGCAUGCAGCACGGCCCUCUGAUCACAUUCCACCUCAACCUGCCACAUGGUAACGCUGUGGUAUGCUACAGCUCCAAGGACGAGGCCGCCAAGGCCCAGAAGAGCCUGCACAUGUGUGUUUUGGGGAACACUACCAUUCUGGCUGAGUUUGCCAGCGAGGAGGAAAUCAACCGUUUCUUUGCACAAGGGCAGUCAUUGGCCACUCCCUCCUCCGGCUGGCAGGCCAUCGGCUCCUCUCAGACCAGAAUGGAUCAGUCUCACCCCUUUCCCAGCCGCGCUCCUGAACCGAACCAGUGGAACAGCAGCGAUCUACACAGCUCCUCCCUCUGGGGCGGGCCCAACUAUUCCAGUAGCCUGUGGGGGAGCCCCAGUGGCACCGAGGCAGGGAGGAUCAGCAGCCCUUCUCCAAUCAGCUCCUUCCUCCCGGUGGAUCACCUGACAGGGGGUGGGGACUCCAUGUGAUGGGCCUGCCAAUCAAACUGGCUGGGGGAAGGGUCAGUAGAGAAUUAUCAAUAAUCAGCAGAAGAAAAUGAAAAAAAAAAA